AUGGCCACCGCUGCUGCUUCUUCUUCUAUAAUAGAAUCUACAGCCGUCCAAUUGCGCAGAAUUAGGGUUCUUAAGGAGAGAAUACACCAUCAUCCUCCACCGUCAUCUUCGUCGUCUAAUGUUGGUCCUGUUGUAUAUUGGAUGUUUAGAGAUCAGCGAUUGAGAGAUAACUGGGCGUUGAUUCAUGCCGUUGAUCAGGCAAACAGGCUCAAUGUCCCUGUUGCGGUUGCAUUUAAUUUGUUCGAUGGCUUCUUAGAUGCAAAAGCUCGUCAAUUAGGGUUUAUGCUAAGAGGAUUACAGCAACUACAUCACGAAUUCGAAGAAACUCUUCAAAUACCUUUCUUCUUGUUUCAGGGAGAAGCCACAGAGACUAUUCCCAGUUUUCUAAAAGAAUGUGGAGCUUCGCUUUUAGUUACCGAUUUUUCACCUCUAAGGCAAGUUCGGGGAUGGAAGGAGGAAAUAAGCAAGCGGGUAUCUGAUUCUGUAUCGAUUCAUGAAGUUGAUGCCCAUAAUGUAGUACCCAUAUGGGUGGCAUCAGAUAAGUUAGAAUAUGGUGCUCGAACCAUUCGAAGAAAGAUCAAUAGACUGCUUCCUGACUAUUUGAUCGACUUUCCAACAUUAAAGCCUCAGAGUAGGAAAUGGCCCUCCACAAAUAGAUUUAUUGAUUGGAAGAUGCUUAUUGAAAAUGUAGUAAGGAAAGGAGCUGAAGUCCCUGAGAUUGAGUGGUGUGAACCAGGAGAAGUUGCUGCAUUAGAAACAUUGAUGGGGAAUAACAAGGGUUUCUUAACAACUAGAAUUAAGAACUACUCAGCUGAUCGCAAUAACCCGUUGAAACCUGAAGGGCUUUCUGGUCUUUCUCCAUAUUUGCAUUUUGGGCAGAUAUCGGCCCAGCGUUGUGCCCUGGAAGCGUGUAAAGUACGCAAAGUUAAUCCUCAGGCAGUUGAUGCAUUCUUAGAGGAAUUGAUCGUGCGCAGGGAAUUAGCCGACAACUUCUGCUAUUAUCAGGUUCAUUAUGAUUCUUUACAGGGUGCAUGGGACUGGGCUCGUAAAACGCUUAUGGACCAUGCCUCAGACAAACGUGAACAUUUAUACACGAAGGAGCAGCUGGAGAAGGCACAAACUGCAGAUCCUCUUUGGAAUGCUUCUCAGUUGGAGAUGGUUCAUCAUGGAAAGAUGCAUGGUUUUAUGCGAAUGUAUUGGGCGAAAAAGAUCCUGGAAUGGACGAGUAGCCCAGAAGAAGCUCUAGAAAUAGCAAUCAAUUUGAAUGACAAGUAUCAUAUUGAUGGGAGAGAUCCAAAUGGAUACGUUGGUUGUAUGUGGUCGAUUUGUGGUGUACACGACCAGGGUUGGCAAGAGCGAGCGGUCUUUGGGAAGAUACGAUACAUGAACUAUGCAGGUUGCAAGAGGAAAUUUAACGUUGAUGGAUACAUAGCAUACGUGAAGAGGUUGGUAGGAGAUAUCAAGAAACGAAAAGGGCAAGCAUUGCUUAAUAACAAAGCCAAACAACUAACCAAUAUUCAACGGUUGCAUACGAAAGCUAACUAGGUUCUCACUUUCGACCUCCUACUCAUACUACUAUAAAAAUUUAGAUAUAUGUACUCAAACUAUAUUUUUGAUCGAUAACUCAUAAGCACAAAUACAAAUAUUGUAAUUUUGCCAUGUACUACCUAUUUUACCCGUUAUAGGAGGUAGACAUCUAAGUAUGUAAGUGAACACGUAGACGGUAGACGUAGUAGGUAAGGAGGUAGACAUCUUUACAUAAUGUAACGGAACGGGUUUUUAUGGACAAUGAAA